CUGUCGUGAAAGUAGGUCACAGAAAAGUGUGACAGUUAGCUGGUGCCUGCCUGGUGGACAGAAUCCGAUUGCCUUCACAGAUACAUAACGUUACAUUACAGUGUCAUAAUAAAAUCUUUAGGUAUACGGGACCAAACGAUCGCGGUGGUAUCCCUAAAAGGCAGGUGCGGUGGCUCCUGGUUGGCAUGUCAAGGCGGAGCAGAAACAGCAGGGCGUGGAGGUACGUGUGGAGUGGAAUCCGACGGGAUGCAGAUGCGAGAGCGCUGGUGCUCGCCUCCGAGAGUGACGAGUGGGGUUAUGAUCGCCAGCAGUACAGUGACUCUGAUUCCGAAGCUGAGUAUCCGGCCAUUGUGCCAGCGGUUCCGAGUGCGGUGCCUGUAACGGGAGAGUCGUACUGCAGCUGUGAUUCACAGAUGGAGCUCAGCUGUAACCCACGGCUCCGGGGUUACACACACUUGCGAGACUGCCACUGUGGAGAAGAUGACCAAGAUUUUGACUGGGUGUGGGACGAGGGCAGCCGGUCGUCUGCAACCCUGCUGAGCUGUGAGAACAGGAAAGUGAGCUUCCACUCAGAAUAUAGCUGUGGAACGGCUGCCAUUCGUGGCUCCAAAGAACUUUCGGAGGGACAACACUUCUGGGAGAUUAAAAUGACUUCCCCUGUCUAUGGCACAGACAUGAUGGUUGGUAUUGGCACGUCAGAUAUGAAUCUAGACAAAUACAGACACACAUUCUGCAGCCUGCUGGGAAAAGAUGAAGACAGCUGGGGUCUGUCAUAUACAGGUCUGUUACAUCACAACGGUGAUAAAGUGAGCUUUUCGUCACGAUUCGGACAGGGAUCCAUUAUUGGUGUUCACUUGGACACUUGGCACGGCACCCUCACCUUCUUCAAAAACCGCAAGUGCAUCGGUGUAGCAGCUACAGAGAUGAAGAAUAAACAUGUUUUUCCGAUGGCGUGUUCCACCGCGGCCAAAAGCAGCAUGAAGGUGAUUCGCUCCGUCUCCGCUGCCACCUCUCUACAGUACCUUUGUUGCUCACGACUCCGCAAACUUCUCCCGUCCGGAGUCGAUGCCCUUCGAGUCCUGCCCCUGCCGCCUGGCCUCAGACAUCUUCUUCACUCCAAACUGGGAUGGGUGCUGAGCCUGGAUCAUACGCACACCCACUCGAACACACACACCCCGCCAGGACCCUCCUCGGGCAGUGACUCUGAGGGCUGCUCCUCAGACCCGGAGGCCUGCCAGCGGAAACGUUGCCGCUGGACCUGAGACUGCGUGUGCCGCGUGCACAUCCACUCAGCUUGUCAUUAUGCACACAUUAGAAAAUGUCUCUACAGAUAAAGAAGAAUCGACAUAUAUAAACACUGGACUUGUGCUGCCAAUCACAAUGGUGGAUAACAGAGCUUGCUGAAUAACUUUGAAAAGAAUUCAAGGUCAGUCAAGUCUGUUUUACUAGUUUGUCGCUAAAUAUUCAACUAUCAUUCAAGGCUCUAAAGGUAGCUCCCAAUCAGGUGACAUUUGGAUAUAUAUAUUACAGU